GCUAUCAAGAAAAAUGGAAUAACUAUUGAUGGAAGACACUUUAAAGUCAAAUUUACAGGUGAUUAAAUAUACUUUCCUAGGCCACUGUAGGGCCAAGGAAAAAUAUCCAGCUUAUUGCUGGAGUUCCUUUAUAUAUUGAAGUUAUAUUUAUUUUCAGAAUUACAUGUAUUUCUUUCUUCUGUUUGCUAUUAAAACAUAUAGUAUAAUAAUAAUAUUGUAGAAUACCUCCAUCUGCUGAAUUUGUAAGUGCCUAAUGUUUCACGUGAGCACUGGACUCCAGAUCAAGCAGUCCGGGUUGAAACCCUAGCCGAGGCCAUUGUGUUGUGUUCCUGGGCAAGACAUUCAACUUUCACAAUGCUUCUCUCCACCCACAAAUAAUAUAAAUGUAUAUGAAUGUGUAUCAAUUGGCAAAUUUAAUGCUGGGCAGGGAUAACCCUUUUAUUGACUAGCAUCCCAUCCAGGGUGAAGUAGAAAUACUCCUAGUCCCUGAGUGCUACUGUAAUCUGGAUAAGCUUCGAUGCUGGUGGGUGACUUCGGGGCCCAAACCCAGACCUUACCUUACUUAAUAAGGGAGACAUGGUGAUCUGCAUUGUAAUUAUCAGUGGUGAGUGUGCUGAACUUGAGAUCUAGUGAUCUGGGUUUCAAGUCCUGGCCAGAGUAAUUGUGUUGUAUUCAUAGGGAAUACUCACAGUGUCUGAGCUCAGGGGAUUGAAAAAGUACCAGUGAACUUAAUCCUGGCAUGUAUAACCCUUUGAUGGGCUAACGCCCCAUCCGGGUGCGCAUAGAAAUACUCUUGUCACUUUAUGCUCCUGAAUCCAAGGUAAGGCUACAAAGCCUGAUGGGCCACUAUAGGCUUGAAUGGCCCUUUACCUACUGCUAAAUUACCGACUCCAUCACCUUAAAAAAAACAGGACUUAAGAAUCAAUUUCCUCAUUCUCUUCUUGGAUGUGUUCCUAAAGAUUGUAACCAUCUGCAUUUCUAAGUCAGGCUGUAGAAAUGCUGAUGACAGUAAAUGCAGACUGAUUAAUUAAAAUAAAAGGCAUUUUGGGAUGUGAUCCCAGAAGAAGCCUGUUAAUGGACAUUAAAAUCAUAUUUGUUAAUGUCGGGAUGUGACAUUCAAGAAAAUUUAAUUAUUCAUCUUGUUUUUUUAUGACAGUUACGCUUGAUUAUAAGGCAUUGAUAAAGCUUAUCAAACGAAAGAGUGAAGAUAAUGAGUCAGAUGAAGAAAUGGAAGGUCUAUGUCAGAGAGGGUUGGACACAGAGUGCUGUGUGUUCUGUAAAGUUAUA